AUGUCGCCCGUAACCGUGUCGAAAGGGCAAAGCCCAUCCAGCCCGGACGAGUCCUUUACCCAAAUGGCCGACACAGACCUCGAAUCAAUCGGCCGCCACUGCCAAUACGAAUACUGCGGACAACUAGAUUUCCUCCCAUUCCGCUGCGAGUCCUGCCGCAGCACAUACUGUCUAGAUCACCGCUCUGAAACCGCCCACCAAUGCCCCAAAGAAGGCGAAUGGGCCCGUCGUCGCAACCCCCAAACCAAUGAAAACGGCCCCGCCCCCGAAAAGCCCUCUAUCUACAACACAGACCAGUGUUAUCACGUCCAAUGCAAAACCCUUAUCAACACCCUCAAAGACCCCGCCGUCCGCUGCCCCCAAUGCAACCACCAAUACUGCCUGAAGCACCGCCUUCGCGAAGAACACAAUUGCGCCAAGGUUACCCCGCUGGGGGCGCGGGCCGGGAAUUCAGCAUCGCCAAAUGAGACGAUUAAAUCUAUGUUUGCACGCGUGCGCACCUGGGGCCGCGAUAAGCAGAAUGCUGCUGGUGGGUCGCUUCUGCCCAGUCUGCCGAAAAUGAAGCCCAAGCCGAAUAGCCCGGCUGCGCGUGCGGUGGCUGUAAAUGGUCUCAAGCGCUCUGCCAAGGGCGAUGCUUCGGUUCCGGCGGAUAAGAGGCUGUAUCUGCAUACUGUUGGCUCGGCGGAGACGCAGGCUGCUGAGCCGCCUUCGGGGGAUUUCUUUUUCGAUUCGCGGUGGAAGGUUGGUCGUGUACUUGAUGAUGCAGCGAAGAAGUUGCGUGUUGAGAAUUUGAAUAAUCGGGUUGGCGGAGAAGAUGCGAAACUCCGGGUCUUUCACGUGGAAUCGGGGGAUUUCUUGAACUUCUCGGAGCCUAUUGGUGCUGGGAAAGUUAAGCAGGGUGACACGAUCGUGUUGUUACGCGGUGCUGGGGCUGUCCUUGGGAGUUCAUGA